AUGCCUAUGGUGGUGGACAUGGGAAGCUGUCUCUCCUGUCUCCGCGGUGGCCGAAAGCUGGGUCAUCUAACGCAUCCACUGAAUGCCGAGGAGGCGUUAUCUGAAGCACCUGUUAGUUUUCCUUCUUAUUCAAAGUCUCACCCUCUCGCUCCUCCAGAGCACACUUCCUUUUCCUCAUUAUACUUUACCUUGGAUGAUUGUUCGAUGAAAUAUGUGUCUUGUGCCCAGCCGUCACAUACUAUCCCCAUCUCAACAAAUCAUCACCCCAGGGAUCGGGAUUGCAUUAUCGGUCAAGUGAAAGAAAUUCAGCAUAUUUCUGAACGAGAGCCAGAAAAUGAAGAUUCGGACCCCUCAAUAAAUGUAAGAAGGGAAAUUAUUUUCAUCAAGGGGAAAAAUCGUCGACAGUCUUGGUACCUUGAACUUUUAAAGAGAAUGAAGCGUUUAGAAAGUCGGAGACCGAAUACAACAACGGAGAUGUACUUGGACUGCUCUACGGUAUCCAAACCGGACUCUCGUGCGACCAUUAGAGCCGUCGCGAUUGCCAUCUGUCUACUAAUUCGUUCUGGCAGCACCACGGGUGUGGCCAAAGCGGAUCUUGAUAUUUUCGAUGAGACUCUUCAUCCUAUGAAGAUUGAACAAUCGCCUGACGAGGAUCCUAAUCGUCCUCCCAGCCUCAAGACUGUCCAUCGGUUCAUCAGAAAGAUCUUCCAAAAUGCUCAGUUGUCUCCCGAGUGCGCCAUUGUUACUAUGGUUUAUCUGGAGAGACUACUCCAUGGUGGUCCUCUAUACCUAGGCGUGGCAAACUGGAAGCGUAUCCUCCUGUGUGCCAUUCUCCUCGCCAGCAAAGUGUGGGAUGACCAGGCUGUGUGGAAUGUCGACUACUGCCAAAUCCUCGAUGAACUCAAAGUGGACGAUGUGAAUGAAUUGGAGCGGCAGUUCCUUGAGAUAAUCCAGUUCAAUAUAAACAUCCCCAGUUCAGUGUACACCAAGUACUACUUCGAUAUUAGGGAUCUCACAGUCUCCACCCACGAAUUUACCCGUCUCUCUGUCGAGACAGCCAGGGAUCUCGAGGCCUGUUCUCAGAGCAUUUUGAACUUUAACCUUGGUCUGGACACCACUGAUCGAUACAGGCUGCGCCGUGCGACCUCGCUGGACGCCUAUGAUGUGCAGCGGCGCUCGCGUCCCCUCGUUUUGCCCUGA